GACUAACUUUUAUUUGUUGGAUAUCAGUUUUGAAAUAUGUACUUUGCGGGUGCUGAUUGUUUGGUUUUCACACAUGUGAACACAUCGUACUUAACAAUAGCAUGAAAUCCCCAGAAUCAUAAAAUUAUAUCUAUUUUUGGAUUUUUUUUUAAACAUCGGGAUCGAUCUUCACAUCACAUGUCAUCUCGAGUUUCCUCGAUACGUAAAUAAUAGUUGUGGCAGUGGCACGAUGCUCUGCGACAGACAGUCUGUACGAUCGAUUCAGCAGUACCUCAGUCAGUUAUCAGAGUUUCUAUCACUGUAUACCUGGAUUGUUGACGCAUAUGUAUCGGACUACUUCACACAGAAUCAUUGGGAUAAUGUUCCUGUACUUUGGAAGAAAUGCCUUGAAGACACGGAGCCUACAGAGCUUGCCUGGCUGUUAAAAGACAACAGCCAGGUGCCCCAAGUGUGGCCUCUCUCUUUCCUGGCCUUCAGGCAGUGCACACAGACCUACUCCCUGACAAGGUCACAACUAGAGGUCAAAGUGCACGACUUCUCAAAACUAGAUCCGCAUGGAAGUGAACAAGAUGUGAAGACCAGCUUAAAUUCUCUUGAUGAACCAAAGUCAGAGAAGGCAUACACAGAAUACCUCAGGAAGCAUGUGAAACCGAAGAAACUUCAUGAGAUCGAACGCCUGGGGAAGACAUUGAGGGUACUUGGUGAUGUAUGUGACUGUCAGCAGAUCGUGGAUGUAGGAGCAGGUCAAGGUCAUUUGUCAAGGUUACUGACAUUUCAGCAUGGAUUCAAGGUCACAACGGUGGAGGCAGAAGGAUGUCAUGCUCCCAAAGCUCAGAAGUAUGACAGAGAUGCCCAAAAGCAGAUCCUUAAGGCAAAACAGAAAAGAGGUCAUGAUGAGACUGAAAGUGAGGCUGACCUCCCUAAUCAUGUGACUUGUUACAUCACAGCUAACACUACUGAGGGGGAAUUCCUGGACGUUGUACAGAGGUCAUUCAGGAGGACUAAUGUCUGCAGUGGACACUGUGGAUGGCAACACAAUACAGAGAAUCUCAGAUCUCCAGGAAUAGAACCAAAACAAUCCAGACUUGUAUCUGAAAGCAAGCGUGGUAGUGAUUCAAACUUAUUGGACGUUGCAGGUGUGAGUACAGGAAGAUGUUCUACAGACUCUUACAAAGAGCCCAGACAACUCCAAGAACAGCCACAUAGUGACACAAGUUGUGAUAAAUGUAGACCAUCCUCCACCUCUGAUUGUUCUCAAACAUCAGAUCACAUCUCAUGCAGAAGUCGUCGGAGCUCGUCAGGAAGGGAUACUGAUCGGCGGUUCCUUCUGACCGGCCUGCAUGCCUGUGGUGACCUGACUCCCACAAUGCUAAGGGUGUUCACUUCCUGUCCGGAUGUACAGGGUGUAGCAUCUGUAAGCUGCUGUUACAUGAAGUUGUCUACUGCAGGGAACAUUGAAGUUACCCCCGCUGGUUACCCAAUGAGUGAUUUUGUCAGUAACCUUCCACACUCGGCUCUCAGUUACGAAGCGAGAGAGAUGGCCUGCCACUUUGCAGAUUCCUACCUACAGAGAUUAAAAGACAGCCCUCCCUCUCUGAAGUUACACUGCUACAGGGCAGCUCUGCAAUGGAUCAUUCUUCAACUACAGCCAAACUUUGUCACCGGAGCUCAGAAACUGACCAUCAGAAAAGCUGAAAGCCUGACCUUCCCCCAAUAUGUGAAACUUGGAUUACAUCGACUUGGACUGGACAGUGAUGUACCAGAGGAAAUGCUGGAAAAAGGAACAGCUUUACUGGUUCAUUGGAGAGAGGUGGUAGCCUUCUACACGAUCCGACUCAGUCUGAGUCCAGUGGUGGAAACGCUCCUGUUACUGGAUAGACAGCUCUAUCUGUAUGAACGAGGCAUUUCUUCUUUAUUGAAGCCUGUAUUUGAUCCAAAGACAUCACCCAGAAACUUUGUACUGCUAGCAAGAAAGUGAUGCAAGAUACUUAAAAAGUGACAUGUGGAAUAUUCAAAAUGUGACAAGUGGAAUAUUUAAAAAGUGACAUAUGAGAUACAUGUAACUUGUGUUUUUGUAUGUAAUUCUUUGUGCCAAUUAAAUCAUAAAAUACAGUCA